ACCUCUCCCACGGCGGACUCGGAGGCGGCCAGGUUCCUCCUCCUCCCUGGCUCCCUGCGCAUAGACCACCACUCGUUCCUCUCGAGGAGAGGAGGAAAGGCAGGGGAAGGGAAGGGGAGAGUGCGGUGUCCGCCCGAUCUGCUCCGCCCCGACACAGUCGCGCCGUCCUUCCCAGUCUCAGCAGCAACAUGGGUGCCGGCGGCAGGAUGACGGAGAAGGAUCGGGAGAAGCAGGAGCUGCUUGGCCGUGCCGGCGGCGGUGCGGCCGUGCAGCGCGCGCCAGUGGACAAGCCGCCGUUCACGCUGGGUCAGAUCAAGAAGGCCAUCCCGCCGCACUGCUUCCAGCGCUCGGUGAUCAAGUCCUUCUCCUACGUGGUCCAUGACCUCGUCAUCGUCGUGGCCCUCCUGUACUUCGCGCUGGUCGUCAUCCCCGCCCUCCCGAGCGCGCUCCACUUCGCCGCCUGGCCGCUCUACUGGGUCGCGCAAGGUUGCGUGUGCACCGGCGUGUGGGUCAUUGCGCACGAGUGCGGGCACCACGCCUUCUCGGACUACUCGCUCCUCGAUGACAUCGUGGGCUUGGUGUUGCACUCGUUGCUGCUGGUCCCGUACUUCUCGUGGAAGUAUAGCCACAGGCGCCACCACUCCAACACCGGCUCCCUGGAGCGCGACGAGGUGUUCGUUCCAAAGAAGAAGGAAGUGCUGCCGUGGUACACCCCCUACGUGUACAACAACCCCGUCGGCCGGCUGGUGCAUAUCGUCGUGCAGCUCACCCUCGGGUGGCCGUUGUACCUGGCAUUCAACGCUUCGGGCCGCCCGUACCCGCGCUUCGCGUGCCACUACGACCCAUACGGCCCGAUCUACAACGACCGGGAGCGCGCCCAGAUCUUCAUCUCGGACGCCGGCGUCCUGGCCGUGUCGUUCGGCCUGUACAAGCUCGCGGUGGCGUUCGGGUUCUGGUGGGUGGUGCGCGUCUACGGCAUCCCGCUGCUGAUCGUGAACUCGUGGCUGGUGCUCAUCACCUACCUGCAGCACACCCAUCCGGCGCUGCCCCACUACGACUCGAGCGAAUGGGACUGGCUGCGCGGGGCGCUGGCCACCAUGGACCGCGACUACGGCAUCCUCAACCGCGUGUUCCACAACAUCACGGACACACACGUCGCACACCACCUCUUCUCCACCAUGCCGCACUAUCACGCCAUGGAGGCCACCAAGGCGAUCAAGCCCAUCCUCGGCCAGUACUACCAGUUUGACCCCACGCCCGUCGCCAAGGCGACCUGGCGCGAGGCCAAGGAGUGCAUCUUCGUCGAGUCCGAGGACCGCAAGGGCGUCUUCUGGUACAACAACAAGUUCUAGCUGCAUAGCUGAGAUGAUCACAUCCAUACUCGCAGGAACGGGAGGAGAAUUCGAGAAGGGAAGAUAGUAAUCGUCCUACCAAGUCUCCAUCUACCUAUCUAUGGUUAGUCAUCAGUCUUUAGACAGGAGAGAGCAUUUGGGCACAGAGAAGGCUUAUUGCAGUGUCAUUGCUAGAGUUGCCAUCAAGUAAGUGGGCAAAUUGGUCAAUGUAGCGUGUGUCCGUGGCUGUGCUGUGCUCAUAUCUCACAGCUUUGGCCAGUUCUGAGUUGGUUUUCCUUCUUCGCGUUUUAGUCGCCGGUGUAGGCUGGCAGUGGUGGUCUUUGUGGUUCGCGUCCUUCGACCAGUGUCGUGUGCAUCUGUCGUUGCAUUGGUGUCAUCUCUCCGUCCCCCCGCGUGUUAUUGCAAACCAUCUGGUGCUUCUGGCGAAUAACAGAUCGUCGAACGGCAACUUUUCGAGUA